UGUUGGCAGGACAAGUUGGGGACUUUAGCGGAGGUCGGUCAUGAGACUCCCAUCAUGGAUUACAUGCACUGGUAUCAUGGGAUCACACGCCGAUUGAUUGGCAACCCAGCUUUAUGUCCCGCAAGGGAUGUAGGAUAUGCAGCACUCGCGGGGCAGUACGAGACGUUGCUUGUGACCGUACAACGAGUGCGCAUAUUGGGGUUAGAGCAUAUGUCUAACCCCAGGGUUGCGGGGCUUGCUGCGGAGAUGGUAUGGAUAUCCGAGGACGGUAUCCAGCAAGCAGGACAGAUUAGGCGCAUGGAUGAUCAUGUUUCAGAGGGUGAGUAUCAGGCGGAACGAGGAGGAGGAUGUGGUGCUGCUAGAGGACGUGGUGGUGGAGGACACCAUCUGGUAGAUGAGGCAGAUGAGGCCGCUCCCAUUCUAGUCCAUCCGCAGCCGUUCCAGGCCAGUGGCAGCUCAGCUGGACAGUCACCUACAUUUACGCUGGCGCGCCUACUUGCGGAGAUACCUAGGUCUUCAUCUCAGCCGAGCCAGAAUGCGUAUAUCGAGGAACGUGAUGACAUUGAUUGGGCGGUGUUUCGCGCAUCAUUAGAUAAUGAGCGACCAGUGAGAAAUUUAGAUGGUCCCAAGAUUCUUGAAAUUGAUAAGGUGAACCCUAUGAUCCUAUGUUUUGAUAAUUGA